AUGUGUGCUGGUUCCCCAAGCAGGCCGAGUGUCUCUGUUGAGGAGGAGCAGACCACAUCACAGGAGAAGCCUGUUCCUGCUUUGCCAGCCACCCCCUCCACUUCCUGUCAGGAUCCUUCCCCAGAAAAGAAGGCAGAAGACCAAACUCAGUCUUUGGAUCCGCAGAAUGCUUCUGAGGAGAAGGUGCCUAGUAGCGGCAAGCUCCCCCUCCCUGAACCAUUCUCUCCCCGUAGAAGGAACUCAAACAGCAGCGUGUCAUCGGAGGGGGCAUCACCGUCGAAUUUGCCCCUGAAGGUGGCGGGGGACGCCGAGGACCGUAAAAAGCUCGUGAAAGCCUACAGGCUGAAAGAGAUGAUGAAGCUGGAGAGGAGCAAGGAGAGGAAACAAAGGAGAGGCAAACACCCGGUCUAUGAAUACAGCGGCCCUCUCGACCGCAGCAAGAUGACCAUGAGGGACCUCCUGUACUACCUGCCAGAGACCAAUCCAAUGUCGACCCCUGUUAUGGAAGAACAGUUGCAAACUGAGAAGGCGAAUCCACCCUCACCCAACAAAGAGUUGCAAGAGAAGAAGCAGGAUGACGAGGAUGAGGAGUUUGAGGAAGAUGACAAUGCAAUGGACGAGCAGCUGUUGGUGCCCAAGGUGAAAGUGGCAGAAGACGGCUCAUUGGUCAUUGAUGAGGAGAGUUUAACUGUGGAAGUCCUGAGGGCAAAAGCCUCCGCUGUGGUGGAGGAGAAUGACCCCAUCUUUGAGCGCGGCUCCACAACCACCUACUCCAGCUUCAAGAAGCUCUGCCACACCAAAGUCUGGUCAAACAAAGAGACAGACAUGUUCUUCCUGGCAAUCAGCAUGGUGGGGACGGACUUCUCUUUGAUCUGUCAGCUCCUCCCCCAUCGAACCCGAGCUGAGAUCAAGAAUAAAUUCAAAAGGGAGGAACGUGCAAAUGCCUGGAGGAUUGAUAAAGCAUUCAGAGAGAAACGGCCAUUUGAUCUGAAGUUCUUCAGCACACUGCUGGAGUUGGUCUUGGCUGCAGAUAAGAAGAAGAGAAAUAAACCCAAAAAAAAGGCCUCAGGUGGGGCAAAGCCAAGACGUAAACGAAAAGCCAAGAAGGCAUCAACGAAAGGAGCCAAUGGGGAUCAGGUCACCUCAGACGUAGACCUGGACAGCGAUGCGGCCGCGGGUGACUCGGAGACGGCCGAGAAGGAGAACGAGGACUGCUCCAAUGUGGUGGAGUCCGCGGACGAGCCCGUGACCACCAAAAGGAAGCGCAAGCGCAGAAAGAAGGAUCAGGAGGAUAAGGAAGAGGAGGAGGAGGAGGAGGAGCAGCCCUCAGUCAAAAGGCAGGCGAAAGGAAGAAGGAGAAAACGGAGCAAAAAAACACAAAAUGACAAGGCAGUUGUAAUUGACUCUGAAGAAGAAGUUGCUGAUGGCCGGCCAGAUGCUGAAGAGGCUGUCUUGUCACAGACAGUGGAUAGUGUGGAAGACGGAAUGGGGGAACCUGAAGGUAAACCAGCCUGGAAAUCCAGAAGACGCACCCAGAAACCCACACCCAAACUGGGGCGUGCAAAACGGAAGAAGAAAACCUGUGAGUCUGAUGAAAGGCCUGGAGAGAUGGAAGAGGAGGAAGGCGUGGCAGACUGUGACUCUGUUCCCAAGGCUAGCGAUGAAGCCGCC